AUGGCUGUAAAAAUGCGUCUAUUGCUCGAUUUUGUUUUACUGUUCUCCAAUUUCUUCCUUUUUCCCUGUGUCUUUAAAUUACUGCUAAUUUGUGUCACAUUUUUUAUCUGCCUUUUAGGUAUUGGAGUCGGCAUGCUGGUACGGGAAUAUGGCAAACUGUCUAACCUGGAUAAAUUCUACUUUGCCUUUCCUGGGGAAGUGCUGAUGAGAAUGCUCAAACUCAUCAUUCUGCCGUUAAUCAUAUCAAGUAUGAUCACAGGUGUUGCUGCUUUGGAUUCCAGUGUUUCUGGGAAGAUUGGUUUGCGAGCAGUCGUAUAUUAUUUCUGCACUACAGUCAUUGCUGUAAUACUAGGGAUUGUCUUAGUUGUGACCAUUAAACCUGGAGUGCCUCAGACAGCAAAUGAGAUUGACAGAGUGGGCAGUACCCCAGAAGUCAGCACUGUUGAUGCCAUGCUGGAUCUGAUCAGGAAUAUGUUCCCUGAAAACCUUGUCCAGGCCUGUUUUCAACAGUAUAAAACCAAACGUGAAAAAGUUGAAGCUACAACUGGCUUGGAUAAAAAUAGCUCUGCAUUUACAGAAGAAACUGUUACAACUGCUACAACAGCAGAGGCUUCAGAGAACAAAACCCAAGAAUACAAAAUCGUGGGCAUGUAUUCCAACGGCAUCAAUGUGUUGGGGUUGAUCGUCUUUUGUCUUGUGUUUGGAAUGGUUAUUGGGAAAAUGGGAGAGAAAGGACAAGUGCUGGUGGAUUUUUUCAAUGCACUGAAUGAAGCUACAAUGAGAAUAGUUCAGAUAAUCAUGUGGUAUAUGCCAGUCGGUAUCGUGUUUUUAAUUGCUGGGAAGAUAAUAGAAGUUGAGGACUGGGAAAUCUUUCGUAAAUUGGGUCUUUAUAUGGCUACGGUACUAAGUGGACUUGCAAUCCAUUCCACUAUAAUUCUGCCACUGAUCUACUUAAUAAUAGUAAGAAAAAAUCCUUUUCGGUUUGCCAUGGGGAUGGCUCAGGCACUCCUGACAGCCCUCAUGAUUUCUUCCAGUUCAGCAACUUUGCCUGUCACCUUCCGCUGUGCAGAAGAAAAGAACUUAAUCGACAAAAGAAUUACCAGGUUUGUUCUUCCAGUUGGAGCUACCAUCAACAUGGACGGCACAGCUCUUUACGAAGCAGUAGCAGCUGUAUUUAUUGCACAACUGAAUGACUUAGAACUGGAUAUUGGCCAAAUAGUUACCAUUAGUGUAACAGCUACAGCAGCCAGCAUCGGGGCUGCAGGCGUCCCCCAAGCCGGACUCGUCACCAUGGUGAUUGUGCUGAGUGCUGUUGGCCUGCCUGCCGAAGAUGUUACUCUGAUCAUUGCAGUUGACUGGCUUCUGGAUCGAUUCAGAACAAUGGUGAAUGUCUUGGGAGAUGCCUUUGGUACAGGGAUAGUGGAGAAGCUCUCUAAAAAGGAGCUGGAGCAGAUGGAUGUCACCUCUGAAGUCAACAUAGUCAAUCCUUUUGCCUUGGAAACAACCAUACUUGAUAAUGAUGAAACAGAGACCAAGAAAUCGUACGUCAAUGGAGGCUUUGCUGUAGAUAAGUCUGACACCAUAUCCUUCACGCAGACAUCUCAAUUCUAAAGUCAGUAGCUUUCAGGUAAAACGGGAGCACUAAAGGACAUGGCCAUAUACAAUAUCUCAAAAAGCUUAAAGGAUAAUUGAGAAUUAAUUACAUCUCACAUGCAUUUGAUUUACU